UUGCGAGUGUGAUUUAUCUAGCCAAUUCAUUACUUAAUCACCCUCAACCCCCCAACCACCGCCGCCGUUGCUGGGCUUAGUUGUUUAUCCGCCGCGCUUUGUACCCCCGAAAGUCGCGUCCAUCCAGCGCAGCAUAGUAUCGAAACCGCAUUGCGCAUCACCCGUCCACCCUCUCUUAACCAGACUAUAUAUACCGAACACAAUGCCCAAGCGAAAGGCAGCAGCGGCGCUAUCCAGCCUAGCAGGUUCCGACGACGAGAGCAUAAUCCAGCCUGGCGGCGACCGACGCGAGGGCGCGCGCCCAGCCAAGAAACCCCGGGGGCGGCCGCGGUCGAAAUCCACCGAACUGAGGGCUUCGCCACAGAUGAGACGGGAGUCCACAACCCAGGUAGCAACACAGGAGGCCACAGAGGGGCCCGGGAAGAAGAGCGGGCGGAGGGGCAGGCCGAAGGGCAGCAGGAAUUCGGUGCAGGCGGCUCCCUCGCAGGACGAACCAGACCACAAGGACUGGUCCCGGGCCACCGAGGCUGCAGACGAACCUGAAGCCCUGGCUCAGCCGGCGGAGGAGUCGACCGCUGUCUCGAACGAUGAGCUGGCCGAGGCACAAAACCCACCCCCCAAACCCUCGAAGCGCGGCAAGUUGUCGAAGUCGGCGAAGACGGGGUCAGGAGCGGGAGGUGCGCGGUCGCGCGGCAAGACGGCUGAGAAGCAGGUCGUAGCGGAUGGUGGAUUUGAAUAUACCCCCUCGAGCAAGCGACGUCAACGUUCACCGCGAAAUGAAAGCGAAGCACCUCCGCGGAAGACGCGAGUGAAGGAGAAGGCCGGGGUGAAGGAUACGCAGGAUCUGUCGGAGGUGGAGGAUGAUGUGCCAGAGGAGGCAGCGGAGGAGGUUGAUGAGACGGUGCUGCAAGACGCUCCGAAUGAGGCUCGGUCGCGCUCGGCCUCGCCGGCAAAGCGCAGACAGUCCCUGCGGGAUGCGCGAGUGUCUCCCUCCAAACCGCGGACUAGUGAUGAGCCCGAGUUGCGACGGAAGAUCGGCGAGUUGACGAAGAAAUGUGAUACGCUGGAGAGUCGCUAUCGGACUCUCAAGGAGAUCGGCAUAGUCGAGGCGAAUGCGAAUAUGGAGAAACUACGGAAUCAAUGCGAGUCAAUGACCGCCGUCUCGGACAAGAUGAUUGCCGCCUUGAAAACCGAAUUAGAGGCUCAGAAGGUUCUUGGCCAGCAAAGCCGGAAACUACAGAAACAGUUGCAAAACCGAGACGAGGAAGUCGCUCAGCUCAAGGCCCAAGCUGAGGAGACGGAAAGCCAACUCUCUUCUGCCCAGAACGAAGUCAAAGCGUUGCAGACGAAACUUUCUGCCGCCCGUAAUACUGCUGCAAGUCUAGAGAGCGCGGCGGCGACUAUGAAGGUCCCUGGCAGCGCCAUCAAAGGAGGCUCCAACCGCGCUACCGCUGCGGCGAGUGCGGAAGCUGCGCAGGCAGCUCAGUAUGCACAGUUGAAAGAAGACCUCUAUAGUGAUCUCACUGGGUUGAUCAUACGUGAUAUCAAGAAGCGUCAAUCGGACAUACUAUACGAUUGCAUCCAGACUGGUAGUAACGGAACUCUUCACUUCAAAUUGGUUGUCCCUCAUGUAUCAUCCACCAACUACGAGUCGGCCGAGUUCCAGUACAUCCCUCUGCUGGACGAUAAACGCGACCGAGACCUGAUUGACAUUCUCCCGGAAUAUCUGACGGUGGAUAUCACAUUUGCACGUCAACAAGCAUCUAAGUUCUAUACUCGUGUGAUUGAUGCAUUGACGAAGCGGAGGAGUACUGCUGCCAGCUGAUAGCCCUGGAGGCCACGCACGGCGCGUAAUAAAUCAUUUGUGGAAUUUAUGUGGGGCUGUUUGAGGGCGACCGUCGGCGCAGACCUGGCCGAGUCGUCGGGGGGAGGUAGAGUCCGGUCGGCAUUGGAUAUUUUCUUGCUUGUUAAGAAGUUUUGGCUUCUAUACCAACAUGCGAGUCUUUUUUUGGUGGGGGGGGCUUUGGGGUUUGUUGGGUUUGUUGAAUGAUCUUGUGUAGCAUGAGUGCCACCUUUAUCAAGUCCCUUGUCAAACUGUG